GGAAGCGUAGUAGCGGAAGUCCCGCCCAGCCUAGGCCGAGCUUCCGGCUCUCACUACUAGGGGCUUAAGCGGAGGGAGUCGAGCCAGCGUCGCCGCGAUGGUGUUGUUGGAGAGCGAGCAGUUCCUGACGGAGCUGACCAGACUUUUCCAGAAGUGCCGGACGUCGGGCAGCGUCUAUAUCACCUUGAAGAAGUAUGACGGCCGAACCAAACCCAUUCCGAAGAAAGGUACUGUGGAGGGCUUUGAGCCCGCAGACAACAAGUGUCUGUUAAGAGCUACCGAUGGGAAAAAGAAGAUCAGCACUGUGGUGAGCUCCAAGGAAGUGAAUAAGUUUCAGAUGGCUUAUUCAAACCUACUGAGAGCUAACAUGGAUGGGCUGAAGAAGAGAGACAAAAAGAACAAAACUAAGAAGACCAAAGCAGCAGCAGCGGCAGCAGCAGCGGCAGUAUCAGCAGCAGCCGCACCUGCCGCAGCAGCAACAACAGCAACAACAGCAACACCAGCAGCAACAGCAGCAACAGCAGCACAGUAAAGGGCACAAAUUUCCUGCUUUCACCAAUUAACCACUGAAUUGCUAUUUUUUCCUUUUGGCCACAUAGCUAGGUUUCUGGUUCCCCCACAGUAGGUGUUUUCACAUAAGAUUAGGGUCCUUUUGGAAAGAACAGUUGCAGUGUUUAUAGGGUAGUUGUAAGAAUCUAGUUUAUUUUGCAUUUGGCUAAUUGGUCUGUGUUGCAUGGUUAUAUUCUCCUGGAUUAUAGAUUAAAAGUCUCCGUAGACAUCUCUGUGAAGAGCAAGCUAUCAUUAAACAUGUCUGUUUAUCAGCA